AUGCGUUCGGCUAUCUUGUUGCAAGAAACAGAGAAGACACUACUCAAGUCUGGAGCGAAUUGCAUUUCUACCUCAACCAAAAUGGAAGUGGUUGAUUUGCUUCCCGCUGAGGAACAACGAUUGGUUUGGUAUGAAACGGAGCGAAAAUUUUGGUACAAAUUUGACAAUGAGACCGAUGUCAAAAAGCAAGAGUCGGAGCAAACAUAUAAAGCGAGGGAGGCGGAGGCGAGAGCCGAUCUCGGCAUCUUAACCAAGCACCGAGCACAACUCACUGAAAGACAAGAGCGCCUUUUUAAGGAGCUUACACAAGUCGAUGAGGAGCUUGCUCAAGUUGUCGAAGAACGUAACGACAGAGUCACGAAAUUGAAUAAUCUGAAACAAACUCACCGGCAAAGCGAACGUGAUGCACUGGAGGAACGCAGGAAAAUCGCGAACAGAAUGAAAAGAUUCUUUAGGAUCAAACGAGGAGAGGAUCCAAAUACACCUUCUGGACAACACCGCUACCAUUUACGCAGAAAAAGUAUCCAGGGAGCAUUCGGAGGUGCAGGGCUUGUUCCAUUUGAACCAAAAAGUGACUUAUUGCGGCUAGAUGUGAGGCUACGGACGCCAUCGCCAGUUGAUGAGGCACUUGAUCUACCAAACAGGUGGGCUAACUAUAUUAAAAGACGGAUAAGCCACUACCUAGGAAGCUCGCCAACCUCAAUUUUAGACCCUGUGGAUCAAAUUACGAGGGGAACAUGCAGAAUGAUGCAUAAGAUGGCUCCCUUAAAGGCUGAAGUUGAACAGCUUCGAACGGCAAAUGCACUACUAAGCAAGCAGCGUAGAGCUAAGAAAACGCAUCUACGCCAAGGCUGUAUGAUUAUUGCUGAGGGACAAUCUCUUCGGGGCCAGAAUGAUGCGGAAGAGCAGAUGAGGCAGGAAGAUCGCCUGAAAAGGGGUCGGAAGCCGCUGGAUGAGCGGCAGGGUCGGCGAUGUGGUACGUGCGGCAAGACUGGUCAUAAUGCGCGAACUUGUCAGAUUGACGUGGAAACGUCUAAUGAAGAGAACAGCAGUAAAAAUUAA